AUGUCAGGCUUGUACAGCUGCCCGUCGGUGACGCACAUGUGGUUCCUCCUCGGUCUGCCAUUUCGAUCUGGCAUGGGUGGCGAUCUUGUUGGCCACUUCAUUGUGGCGUCGCACUCGCUCUUCAUGAACAAGAUCGCACUUUUGCAGAAUGUGGCUAAGAGUUUCCACAUUCUUGCACCCUUGGUUUCUGCACAUCCUCAGAUCUGCAGGUUUAUAUGGCAGGCCGUUGGUGGGAAGUUAUUCGAUCUUAAAUGCACGGCUCGAACAAAGUCUCUUCCGGACCAGCCUGAAGGGCGGUUCCGGAGCCAGCUCCUAGAAGCGGCGUCUUCGGAGGCAUACUGCAUGCCAGCAGUGGAUGGUCCCGAGGCAAUGCCUCACGCCAGAGUUGCUCCGCUGGGACAUCGCCCGCCAAGUUUUGAAUUCGGCGAAGUAACGCCAGACUUCGGUCUGACUGAAGAACACAUGAAACCACGUCGUCGCCAGUCUCCAAAGGAGCUUAGUGAUCCUUUUAAGAAGGAUCUGAGGCACCACUCUCCUAAGCUCCGGGAUGCCCAAUCCUCCAUCUGUAAUUUUCGCGUGGAUGGCCGCAUCAGAGGUGUGAGUAGCCAUGUGCAAAAAGCGUUUUACGGCUCCCCGCACAUGGCGAUCAACAUCCUUGAGCACCCCCCCGAGAUCCCUGGAGACUGGAGGCCGUAUUGUAAUUUGGGGAUUAGAUAUUGA